AUAAUAUGUCAAAGUCAGUUUUGACAUAAAUAACUCCUAAACCCAUUUAGGUCCAAAAUAUGUCGUAAUCGCCCCACGCAGCAAAGAAAAGACCGCACAUGUUCAAGAAUUGGGUAAAUUAUGUUGAUAAAAACGCCGAAACCGACUAAAUACAAAUUUGUUCGUAAAGCUGCUACAGUUUUGUUCGUCGCUGAAGGAUUGUUUUUUGGUGGAUGUUAUUACGUUUAUCAUAAAUUAAACACAGAUAGGGAUUUUAGAUUUUAUAUGCACAAUAAUUUCCCAAAGAUUUUAAAUUAUUAUUACUCUUUGGGGGAAAGAAUUGGAGGGACUGGCGAGAGAAUAAAAGAAAUUGACCAAGCUUAUUGGGCGAAUAACUCAAAUUAAUGGCAAAUAAACUCUUAAAAUCGUUAAUUUACUUCACGGGUUUUACAGGUUUGGGUUAUUUACUAUUAAUUGCCACAAAACCCAGUGAAGCUUCAAUCGAACAAAUUAAAAAGAAAUAUCCCAAUCAACGAGAAACUUCUGCUGAAUCAUUGAAAAAAAGGGAGCAAUUUGCUAAAGUUUUACAAUCAGCCGCAGCAGAUACACCAAUUUAUUUAAAAAAUAAAGAACCAUCUAAAGACGAAUAAUUAUAAUACAAAAAUGGAGUCGAAUUUACUUCAAGAACGUUGCGAUCGUAAAAUAGAAAUGUUAACAAAGCGUGAAAAUGAGCGAAAACAAGAUUUAGAGAAAGGAAACGCCUUAAAAAAAUUAGGAAACGCCGAAAAUGAACAAUUAAGCUACUUCGAAAAGAGUUUUAAUGAGAAAAAAUCGAAAAUCGAACAAGAUCUUAAUAAAUCAAGUGAAAUAAAAAUCAAGGAUUUGCCCGAACACUUUGAUAAAAUUUCUAAGGACAUUUUGAGUCUACAAAAAUAUUUGGCGGGGUCAAAUUUGUUUUUACGAGGAUACGAUAUUAAAAUUUAUCAACAAAUCGUUCAAAAUUUAGGAAAUCAAUUCAAAGACAUCGAAGACGAACUCAUCCCAAAAAAAAAGUUUGGAUUUAAGAAUAUUAAAACCACUAAAAAUAAAAUUGAAGAUCAACUAAAUAACAUAAAAAACGGGGAAUCAUCGAAAAUUGAUGAAGUCGAUUCGAGUAUCAUUAAAAAAAAUCUUUUUACAACAACAUGCGAUUUAAUCGAUAAAUCCAAUGAAACUUUAUCAUUAGAUUCAACGGAUAUUUACAAAAAAGAUAUUGCGCUAACUAACUUAACUAAUUGCAAAGUAAAGUUGUUGGGGACUCCUUCAACUUUGCAUAUAAACAAAUUAAAAGAUUGCCACAUUUUUACUGGACCCGUUUCCACUUCGAUUUUUGCUGAAAACUGUUUUAAUUGCACUUUGAUUAUUGCUUGCCAACAAUUACGAUUGCACAGUUCUGAAAACGUUCGUAUUUACCUGCAUGUCACUAGUAGAGCUAUAAUGGAAGAUUGCAACCAAAUCUUUUUAGCCCCUUAUAAUUAUCAUUAUAAAGGUAUUGAUGAGGAUUUUGAAAAAGCUGGUUUAAAUCAAUUAAUUAAUAAUUGGACAAGCAUUGAUGAUUUUAACUGGUUAAAUAUUGAGAGAGCUUCACCCCAUUGGAGUUGUAUAAAUGAAAAUGAACGUGUUAGUGAUUGGGAAGAUUAGUGAAACGAUUUUGGUUGUUUAGUUCUUUUUUAUGUGAUAAAAAUAAAUGUAUAAAAAAAUUA